AUGGCGUCUGCAGACUCUCAGGACACUAGCCUACGCGGCCGCCUUGCUGCAGUGCUUCCCAGAGGCUACAAAUUCGGCAUCCAUCAUGUUUCGACGCCUCCCACCAAGGUUGACGCGCUCUACUCUGCACCUCCUGGCGAACGACCCGAACGAACAUAUUGCGAGAAGCACUUCCUCAGCGUUUCAAUUGAUGUUCCAGACACGUUAGAGAAUGCUCCAGAGAGUGAAAACACAGCAGAGCAACCGACACAGCGGAAGCGAGUCCUCGUACUCGGCAUCGAGAUCUUCAUAUACACUACGGCUCGAUCCACCACCUUGUUUGUAUCCAAGGCUGACUCUACUGGGUUUCUGAACAAAUUAAAGCUGCCAAAGGGUGCUCCCAGCCCUAUUCGAGAAGUCUGCGCGACCUUCAUACGCUACUUGGUCGACAAACGGAGGCGCAAAGACGUGCAGUUCGUAGUCAGCCUCUUUGCACGCGCGCAAGACCAGUAUCUGUUCCCCGGAAGCAUCGAAUACCCCGGAAAGCAUGUUUUGGACGACCGUGGCCUCGUCAAGUGGUGGUGCCGGGUGCUUGACCCCAUUGUCGAGUCUCCUCCCACUGGUAAUCUUUCAACAUGGCGAAACGCCAAGGGACAUUUGCUUGUUCCUGGCCUUGAUGCCUACGAGACUCGUGCCUUCAUCCCGCGCCGUGCCGGUGCUGCAUCUUGCUGGUCGUUGAGCCACCCGCUUGAGCGCAUUUCGCAUUAUUACCGAGAGUUUGACUGGGUGCCACCACGAUGCCUCAUCCCCCGGUUCCCGGACGACCCUAAAUCACGAUUUCGCGACGAGCUGGAUGACGAGAUUACAAAGACCAAGGCGAUGAAAACUACGGGGAGCUGGAAAUCAGUCAAGACUCUUGACAUGUUUUGGGAGAUGAUGGCCUUCCGACAAGAGUGUUCGAGCGGUAGGAUGACGGGGUUCAUGUGGGUCGUGUUUGAUGACUUGGAGGACGAGCCAAAGCCAGAUGGUAGUGACACUGUAUCGGUAUCUAGUGCCUCAGUCGUGACCAGUGCGUUGGGUGUCACUCCCGAGACGCCCAGGAAGCAGAGAAUGGUGUCCAAUAUCACACCGACAACCACGCCUAGGAGACUCUUCCCGCUCAAGGCAGAUCAGAACAAAAAGUCCAAGAAGAAAAAGUCGGCAAAGACCAAGAGCAAGCUCCGAGGCCCCAUCAAGCCUCGCCAGCCACGUAUCAAGACCAAGCAGCGCAACUACCUUUUAGACCAGCCCGUAUCGACUGCGUAUUAUCACUGGCCACCCCAAGGUCGAGGCGAGAGGAUCGUGGAUGAAGCCGACUAUAAGCGAAUCCACGAGCUUCUUCUGCGCUUGGACUUUGCCACCUUGGAAAAAGCCACAGGGAGCACGCGUCGCUGGCUAAGCGAAGUUGGCCUGGGAAGCCGGUGGGGAUUUGACGUUACAGGGACACGGGAGCUUGCCGCGGCUGCUGGAGACAAGCCAGACCUAGGAGUUGCACCAGUCAAUAACCUGUCUGGGCUUGUUAAGAGGAAAAGGGCAGACACGGUGACGGAGGCAUCACAGGACGAGACGGCUAAUGGCAGUGGUGUCAAUGUGCUGAGCGGUGGGCUGGUCAGGAAAAAACCUAAGAAAGAACAAGGGGAUGAUGUCCACGAUGGCGGCGAUGUGGACGCUCCUACGGUCAUUGUGCUGGGCGCAGGGCUUGUGAGGAAGAAGGAAAAGGCGUGAGAGUGUGAUGCAUGUCAGUAUCAGCGUGCUUAUUAUAGGGAACUGUUCGCCCUCAAAGAAAUGGCGGCGAAAGGCGAGAUUGUAAUGUUAAUGUUUUAUGACGAAGCUGUAUGUCUCACCGAGGUGUGCCGCCUUUGCAUGAAUGUGUGUGUAUUUGGCCAUUUGCUCUCAUCAUCGGUGAUAUAAAGACCUGGGUUAUUAAGUGCCCUGGAGUAUUUAUGGAUCGAUAUUUUAUGACUGGAUACAUGCAUGUUGAUGAGAUGUAGUGAUGUUCUGCAGUGUAUGGCGUUGCAUUGCAGAUUUACAUGGAAGUGCAACAUAGCCGCGUGUGUAACGUGGUUUGAUGGGACAAAGAGUGACAGCGGGUGGCCCUUGUUUUCAUUUCAUUUCCUAGCCGUAGUUUUUGUUAAUCUGAUAGAGCCUGUAGCUUGCAUAUAGGUUUGUCUAAAUGUACGGUUCUUCGA